CCUGUGGGUGCGCGGGGUGGAUGGUGGAGGGGCUGGCCCGUGGGAGACGGUGAAAGACACUCAGGCGUGCGGGCAGGAUCGGCAGAACGGUGGGGGCCGGCGUGCGGGGGUUAGUGGAUGCGGAGGAGCCGCGGGUGCGUCCAAAGGAGUGAAUGUAUUCCCCGUGACUUGUGAAUGACAUUUCAGGGAAUAUAUCCUAAAGUGACCAUCCAAAAGAAGAAAAUGCUUUAUGCAUAAAGAUCUUUAUAAAGCGUCAUUUAUGAUAGGCUCAAGUGGGCUACAACCGGUGUCUCCGCAGUGAGGGAAAUUAUGCAACUUCACCGAGUGAAUAUUAAGUGGCCUAUAAAGAUAAUUUACAAACCUUUUAAAUAAUAUGGGAAGAUGCUAAUAUAUAAUGUUAAGUGAAAAAACAACAACAACAAUGCGAUACAAAAUUGUACGGUGUGAUUGAAAAAGUUUAACCAAAACUGCAUGGAAAAGUCUGGAGAUGACCUUUAUCAGAAAGGAUGGAGUUGGGAAAAGGAGAACUUCUCAGGAGUGGGCUGAAUGCAUUGUAUCAAGCAGUACACCCAAUUCACGGCCUUGUCUGGACCGAUGGGAAGCAGGUAGUCCUGACUGAUGUGCAGCUUCAGCGUGGAGAGGCCAAGUUUGGGGACUCGAAGGUCAUCGGGCAAUUUGAGCAUGUGUAUGGGGUGUCGUGGGCCCCACCUGGGAUAGCGGACACGCCCCCUCUGCUCGCUGUCCAGCACAAGCAGCAUGUCACUGUGUGGCAGCUGUGUCCCAAUACCACGGAAACAAGCAAGCCGCUGCUGUCUCAGACCUGUGAGAUUAGAGAAUCGCGCCCUGUCCUUCCCCAAGGCUGUGUGUGGCACCCACACAGUGCUGUUCUGGCGGUGCUGACUGCACGGGAUGUCUCCAUUGCCCACAACGUGCACUGUGAUGGCUCCCGAGUGAAAGCGGACAGCAGCGCCCAGGGCCUUAUUCACUGUGCGUGCUGGACCCAGGAUGGCCAGCGGCUGGUGGUGGCCGUAGGCAGCAGCCUGCAUUCUUACAUGUGGGACAGUGCUCAGAAGACUCUCCAGCGGUGCUCCUUCUGCCCAGUAUUGGAUGUGCGCAGCGACGUGCGCUCCAUCGGGGCCGCUGUGGACUCACAGGUCGUCCUAGCCACCGAACUUCCACUAGGUAAGAUUUGUGGCUUAAAUGCAUCUGAGACAUUUGGCGUUCCACCCAGCAGUGAAGACACUUGUCUGUAUACGUCACCAGUUACUGAUGAGAUGCCCUCUGUGGAUAAAGGAGCAGCCUCUUGUGGAACAAAUUCCGACACAUCAGUGUCUCCCUUUUCUUCUUCCGGUUCAGAUCCUCUGGAUCUAACUCAUAUACGUUUCAAUAGAUCUCAGUCUGAGAGCAGUGCCCUUAUUUGUCUAAGAAAAAAGAAUUACUUGGCAGGAACCGAUCUGGAUUCUUCACAUUUGACUUUUGUGACCUUUGCGCAAGUGGUGACCCAGGUCAAAAAAGUCACCAUUCCAGGCAUUCUGGUUCCUGAUCUAAUAGCAUUUAAUCUGAAAGCAAAGGUUGUAGCCGUGGCUUCCAAUACUUGUAAUAUAAUUUUUAUCUAUUCUGUCAUUCCAGCGGUUAUGCCAAACAUCCAGCAAAUUCAAUUAGAGAGUGGUGAGAGACCAAAAGGCAUAUGUUUCUUGACAGAUAAAUUAUUAUUAAUUUUGAUAGGAAAACAAAAAUCCACUGAUUCGACAUUUCUCCCUUCUUCAAAGUCUGAUGAGUAUGUCAUUCGCUUGAUUGUUAGAGAAGUAACAUUGAAAGAGGAGUUUCCAGUAACAGUGAGCGAAAACCAGAGUGGCUAUACUACCCUCAGUGCUCUGUUAAAUAAAGCAGAGAGGAAAAAGCCAAUUGAGAGUCUUUCCCCAGAUAUUUGUCACCAAAACAGAGGACUCUUGUUAACAGCUCAUAGCAGUAGUCAAGGUGGAAGGCCUGGAAGUACUUUUAUUAAAGAAAUCAGACGCCCGCCAUCCAGUGUGUGUGAUGACUCCUUAGCCCUGGAAACUCGAGAGGCCGAGCCCGUUGACGGGUCAGCGACACUGCCCAAACCCAGCAGCACACCAGACUACACCAGCACCCUGGGCCCUCUUAAUCUCCCUCCAAGAAAGAACUUACAGCGGGAAAAGGAAACUUGUCAGCUCUCUAAGGAACUGGAAAUUUUAUCUAGGACACUGAUGGAAGUACAGCGAAGUCUCUCUGAACUCACAGACUUCCUACGCAAUGGAAAGAAGUCCUCUCCAGUGUAUCCGCUCUCUCAGGAUCUGCCUUACGUCCACAUCUCUUACCAGAAACGUUAUUCUGUAGAAUCUGUUGUUGAAAAAAGAGACGUGCUUCUCUGCAAUGGCAAACUGAGGCUCAGUACAGUGCAGCAGACUUUCGGCCUCGCUCUUGUUGAAAUGCUGCAUGACUCCCGCUGGAUCCUUCUCUCUGCUGAUAGUGAAGGCUUCAUCCCAUUAACUUUUACAGCCAAACAGGAAAUACUCGUAAGAGAUGGCAGCUCCAGGUCAAACAUGUUCAGAGAUUCCUUGUCUCAGAGUCUUGAUUCUGGUCCUUGUCUUGAAGUCUUUAGCGAACGUACAGCCCAGCGUUUAGAUGCCACCAGCUAUUCCAACCAUCUAGGCUGAUAUUUGUUUGUAGAGUAUUU